AUUUCUCACCUGGCCGUGUUUUGUGCUUCAUCUAGUAACAGCUACCGAGUGUGAUGUUUGCAUUGAAGAACUACGUCACCGAAAACAAAGAUGUAUAGCUCAUAAGUCUGAUAGCUGAAUACGAAAAAGCAAUAUAUUCUAAAUCAAACCACAAGGUAAUUUUUUGUUUUAUUUUUCAUUAAGAACUAAUGCCUUACCUUUGUCUGCAUGGGUACGUUUCACCAUUGAUAUACAAGUUUACCAUUCUCCAAAAUCUUUUCAAUUCUCUACUAAAUGUAAAAUUAAUCGCUUUAGAAUAUGUUAGAUACCAAAAUCAAAUCAAUAAAUGAAUGUAAAUAAGUAAAUAUACUACUUCCCAAUAUCUGUUAUAAUACAAACAAUAAAAGCAAGUAUGCCUAUCAAAGUCAAGGUUAUACAUUGAUAUAGAAACUGUUCGGAAUCCCAUCUAUUACUACUAUCAAACCUCCACACUUUUGGCCUUCCAAACAGAUGUUCUGCUCUUGUGUUUUUUGACACGCCACCAGCUACUUGCAUCCAAUGGUGUGGCAUAUAAAUGCGCCACCAGAGAGGCUUAGAGUUAUUAAGUGUUGGACCAUUUAGACAAUAUCAACUAUGAAGUACUUUGUGAUCUAUGCUCUGGCUGCCAUCCUUCUCUUUCAGUCCGCAUCGGCAUUCAAGCGGCGAGUGAUCUUUGUGGUACCACCCCCCACAACAUCCACAACGGAAGCCACGUCCUCCUCGUCCACAACGGAAUCGUCAUCCUCCACGUCCAGCACGACCACCACAACUGUAGCUCCUACCGUGGUUUACCAGGUGGUCUACUGUUCCUGGAAGAACAACUGGUGUCGUCCUGCCUCGAACACCGUCAGGAAUUGCAAGUGGGGCAUUUGCAAGUUCAAUGGAUAAAAUUCAAUAAAAAACGUUUAGCGCUUGCUUAGCACAAA